UCUAAUCUCACGGUCAUUUUUUCAAUACUCGUCUUCAAAUGAUUGUUUCAUCAUGCAUGAUCUGAUGCAUGAUUUGGCGACAUACGUGUGUGGGGAAUUUUGCAUUAGAUUGGAAGACCACGACUUCUCAUUGGACGUUGUGAGCAAGGGUCGUCAUUUUUCUUAUUUGCAAUAUUCAUCUAAUGUUGAUUAUAAGAGAUUUGGCACUAUUUAUGAAGCUAAGUAUCUGCGCACCUUCAUUCUUGGCGUUCUCUAUUCGCCGACAGUACGACUUGAUCUCAUUUUAAUGCUACAGUGUUUAAGAGUUCUCAAACUACGUGUGCAUGAUAUCACGGAGUUGCCUGAUUUGAUUAGCAACUUGAAGCAUCUACGGUACCUCGACUUGUGUAACACUCCAAUCCAGAAAUUACCGGACACGGUAUGCAGUUUGUGUAAUUUACAAACGUUGUUGUUGUCAAAUUGUACAUGUCUAGCUGAGUUGCCCACCGAUUUGAGAAGACUUAUCAACUUGCGCCAUCUUGAUUUGAGAGGUACGAAAAUAAAAAAGAUGCCCCCCCACAUGGGCAAGUUGAAGGAUCUCCAAACAUUUGGAGGUGAGUUUGUCUUGAGCAAAGAUGCUGGGGGAUACAUUGAUGAGUUAAAGGGGUUUCAGCAUUUGAGUGGAAAUCUUCAUAUUUCAGGGCUUCAAAAUAUCAAACAUGCUGAGGAUGCUUUGGAGGCCAAACUGAGGGACAAGAAGCUCAGUGAAAUACAUUUGCAAUGGGAAGGUGACACUGCUGAUUCUCAAAAUGAUAGCCGAGUGCUGGGCAACCUGCAGCCCAAUACAAAUCUAAAGGUACUGGCUAUAAAGGGAUACGGAGGUAUAAAGUUUCCAGGUUGGUUAGGAGAUGAGUCUUUCUCUAAUCUCAUCACUCUCCGACUUCAGAAUUGUGGAUAUUGCUUCUCCCUGCCAGCAUUGGGGCGACUAACGUCCCUCAAAUGGCUUGAAAUUGAUGGGUUGAAUGGAGUGGAAUCAGUGGGGUCUGAGUUGUAUGGGCCUGCAUUUAAAUCUGUGGAGUUUCUGAGUUUCCGCAAUAUGCGGGAAUGGCAAGAGUGGUGUUUCCCUGGAGGUGAAGAAGAAGAAGGCGGACAUUUUCCUAAUCUUUGCGAGCUUAGUUUGGAGAACUGUCCCAAACUAACGGGGAAAUUACCGUUAUACUACUUCCCAAGACUUGAGCGGCUAAUUUUGCAGAAAGUUAAUAUCGAAUCCCUUGCUUAUUCGCAAGAAUGCAAUAAAUUCAAAAUUGAACUCCCAUCCCUCCGUGACUUGAGAAUAUCAGAUUGCCCGAAUCUCGUAUGUUUUGUGGGUGGUGGAGUGCUGCUUGCGCCCAACUUGAAGUGGAUAUCUAUGUGCCAUUUUAAAAACUUGUGGUCAGUGCCAGAGGAGAUGCACGCCUCUCUCCCGUCUCUUCAGUCUCUGUCCAUAAAAGGGUGUAAAGAAUUUAAAUCAUUUCCGGAAGAAUCUAAAUUCCCAUCCCUCGUUGGUCUGAAGAUAAAGAAGUGCCCAGAAUUUGUGGGUUUCCCCCAUGGAGGACUGCAAGCGCCCAACUUGAAGAUGAUGGAAAUCUAUGAAUGUAACAAAUUCGGGUCACUGCCAGAGGAGAUGCACGCCUCUCUCCCGUCUCUUCAGUUUCUGUCCAUAGAAGGGUGUAAAGAAUUUAAAUCAUUUCCGGAAGAAUCUAAAUUCCCAUCCCUCUAUGAUUUGAAGAUAAUGGCAUGCCCAGAAUUUGUGGGUUUCCUCUAUGGAGGAGGACUGCAAGCGCCCAACUUGCAGACGAUGGAAAUCAAAGAAUGUAAUGAAUUCAGGUCACUGCCAGAGGAGAUGCAAGCCUCUCUCCCGUCUCUCCCGUCUCUUCAGUCUCUGUCCAUAGAAGGGUGUAAAGAAUUUAAAUCAUUUCCGGAAGAAUCUAAAUUCCCAUCCCUCAAUCAUUUGUUUAUAAUGAAUUGCCCAGAAUUCAGGUCACUGCCAAAGGAGAUGCACGCCUCUCUCCCGUCUCUUCAGUCUCUGUUCAUAGAAGGGAGUAAAGAAUUUAAAUCAUUUGCGGAAGAAUCUAAAUUCCCAUCCCUUGAAGUUUUGAAUAUAUGGGAUUGUCCAGAAUUGGAAUCAUUUCCGGAAGGGGGAUUGCCGUCUAAAUUGCGUUCACUCAGAAUCGGGAGUUGUAAAAAACUGAUGGCAAACCGUAUGCGGUGGGGUCUACAAACACUCACCUCUCUCAAAGUCUUGGAUGUCAGCUUCUCAGAAUGUGAAGAAGAAGAAACUGUCGAAUCAUUUCCAGAAGAGGGGCUGCUGCCAACCACUCUCACUUCUCUCGGAAUCUCCCAUCAUCCGAAUCUGAAAACCAUUGACGGCAAGGCGUUAAGACAAAUCAUCUCUCUCAAGAAGUUGACCAUUUUUUUUUGUCCUCGACUCCAGAGCUUGCCAGAUGAAGGGCUACCCACUUCUCUUUUUGGUCUAGAAAUCCGCGAGUGUGAUUUGCUAACACAACGGUGCCAGAGAGACACGGGAGAAUAUUGGGCCAAGAUUUCUCACAUCCCCAACGUAGUGAUUGAUGACCGAGAGAUAUGAUUUGCAAUGGUACUCUUGUCCCAUAUAAACUUGAAAGUAUUUGCGAGAGAAAGAUACGGAGCUACAAAAAUUCCAAAUCGGUUAGGAGAUGACUUGUUCCUUCUCUCAUCUUGUUACUCUUCGACUUGUGGAUUGUGAACACAUUGUUUCAAUGCCAGCAUUGGCACAGCUACCAUAUCUCAGAAGGCUUCGGUGGUUAUAUUAUACACUUCAUAAAUAUAUGCAUAUAUAUCCUCUGUUGUGGCUAGAAACUGAUGGGUUAAAUGGAGUGGAGUUGUUCCUCUUUUCUUAUUGUGUCUUACGGUGGUUAUAUUAUACGACAGUUUGUUGUAUUGAACUAGUCUUCGGUGAAACAGGAGCUUCAACAAGUCUAUGAGCUUUAGUUUUCGAAUUUCCUUUUUCACGUUUGUUUCCAAAUUAUGUCUAUUGAGAGGUAGAUUUUGGUACUUUGUAGAAUUCGAAUUCAAAUGUUUGGUUUGUAAAAUAUGGAUGAUGAUUUCAUUUCCAUGGAACUGUGAAUCUAUGAUCAUGCUUGAAUGUUGUCAA